AGGAGUGUCAAGGAGAGCGCCGUUAAAGAGGUUUAUUUCUAUAGAGUCAGUAUGGGCUCACCAUGGUUACAGCCUCUGGGCCUUGCCGUGUGUCUCUUCCUGUGGGCUCCGUGGGCCCGGUGCAGCGUGGUGGAGGACUUUAACCAUGUGGAGCGCUGUAAAGACUCCCUGUACAAGGGCACUCCACCACAGGGCUACCUUGGGGUCAGCGACCUGAAGAAGAUCUGCCAGCGCCUGGCGGACAAGCCCCGCUUUGUCACCCUCUACGACCCCCGCAAGCACAUGCCCCUCUACUCUGCCUACACCUUCAAGCGGUCUGACGGGGAGAAGAGCAUGGACCAGCCCUGGAUGUACGAGCCACAGUUGGCCUUCAAUAAAGCCAGCGGCAAUAUGGAGCUCUUUCCCCAGUCGGCUAAUGCAUACAUGCAUCUGAUGGACACCCAGGCGGUGCUGGAGGACUUUGCAGACGUGACCAAGUAUGAGAGAGGCCAACUGAACCCGGACCAGCACCAGUCCGAGCCCCUGGACAAGGCUGCCACCUACACCUUGACCAACACUGUGCCUCAGGUCCGAGAGUUCAACAACGGCCCAUGGCUCCAGCACGAGGAACGCAUUAGAAAACGCCUCAACAACUACUGCCUUGGCAAAGCCUAUCUAAUCACUGGGGUCACAUCGUCCGGAAACAUGAUCCGGCGGGACAACCAGAACCGCGUGGGCAUCCCAGAGUACAUGUGGACGGCCUACUGCUGUCCAGACUACGACCACAACGCCCCUUAUCUCGAGCGUUACCGCCUGCCUGUAUUUGGGGCCUACGGCCUGAAUGACAGGGUCAGCAAUGCCAUGGUGGAGGUGCCCAUCAAGACCCUGGAGAAGUUCCUGAAAGGACGGAUGGACGUAGACAAAAACUACCAGAUCUUCUUUAAUGACUGUGUGCCAGAUGACAUCUAA